AUGAUCCAUUUCCUUGUUCUGUGUAUUGCACUGCUGUGCACUCCGGCAGCGGCUUUCCCUAAACAGGAUGUAAAAACUUCAUGCAGCACCAGCAGUAUUAGCAAACUCACAAUCAGUACGAGCGCAAAAACUUCAUUGCCCUGGAUCACUUCUGCUCGAUCAGCUUCGACUUGUGCCUCGACAAGCUUCACACCCCACUACAGUGCAUUCAGCUAUACUCAAGUCAGCAGCAAUCGCUAUGCCACUCCCAUUGCCGCGCCGGUCACAUUUGCCAGUGCAUUUGCACCUGCUUACUCCAAGGCCAAGUCGCUACUGCCUGCCAAUGUCACCUACACGACUUACUCGCUGAACCCCAAGGCUACCACUAGCAAAGAUGGCAUGUAUGGUCAGAGUGCAUAUGCUGCUCUAUGGGCAGAUUACUCAUACAACAAUACCGUCCCAUUCACUACAACAGUGUCGCCUACACCUGUACCCACGAGCGAACUUGUUUACCCUCCAGCUCUGUAUUCUGCAUGUCCCGACGCAGAUGCUUGUCUCGACUGCUACAAGUUUGACAAGAACUUCAUCUGGGGUGUUGCAGGAAGUGCGUGGCAGAUUGAGGGUGCACUCCAGCAGGAAGGCAGAGGACCUGGCAACCUCGACGGUCUCGGGAACCAAGGCCCUGGUGGUAUGCCCAGCGGUAACGACUCUGUGGAAGCAGACAUGAACUACUACCUCUACAAGCAAGACAUUGCAAGACUUGCUGCCAUCGGAGUUCCGUACUAUUCUUUCUCGAUUUCUUGGUCGCGAAUCGUGCCUUUCGGUGUGGCAGGCAGCCCAGUCAAUACGCAAGGAUUGGAUCAUUAUGAUGAUCUUAUCAAGACUUGUCUCCAGUAUGGCAUCAAACCUAUCGUCACGCUGGUUCAUGUGGACGCGCCAACGUCAAUCAGUCUGGACAAGAACUUCACCGCCGACUACUUGUACUAUGCCAAGCAGGUCAUGGCUCGCUAUGGUGAGCAUGUUCCUUACUGGGUUACUUUCAACGAGCCGAACAUUGGAAUGCCAUAUUCUUUCCAAACGUACAAUGGACUGACAAAUAUUCUCAUGGCACAUUCUGCCGUAUACAAGUGGUACAAACAGAUCCUUGGUGGGACUGGACAAAUCACCAUCAAGUUUGCCAAUAAUCUUGCUGUUCCGCGCGACCUGAACAAGAGCUCUGAUCUGAGGGCAGCAUCGCGCUACCAAAAUUUCAUUCUCGGCAUCAUGGCUAAUCCCUUGUUCCUUGGAAAGCAAUACCCAUCAGAGGUUUUGGCCACGCCCAAUCUGAAUUUGACAGCUUUGACAGCGCAGCAAAUCUCAUACAUCAAUGGCACGAUUGACUUUUGGGCAUUUGACCCUUAUGUCUCGCAGUUUGCCUCUGAGCCAGCCAAUGGGUUUGAGAGCUGUAUCAACAACAGCAGUGACCCGCUCUGGCCUCGAUGCGCUGAUCUCACAGAGAUCCAGCAGAAUGGGUGGCAGGUGGGCCAGAAGUCAAACGACUACGCAUACAUUGCACCUCAAUAUGUGCGUCAGCAGCUGGGCUACGUGUGGAACACUUUCCGCCCUUCUGGUAUCCUGAUCUCAGAGUUCGGAUUCAAUCCGUUCAUGGAGUCGAAGAAGACGCUCGUUGAGCAGCUCUACGACCUUGAGAGAUCAUUAUACUACGAGGGCUUCUUGAAGGAGACGCUAAAGGCGGUGCAUCUGGAUGGAGUCAAUGUCAUCGGAGCAUUGGCAUGGAGUUUUGUUGAUAACAAUGAAUUCGGAUCCUAUGCGAACCAGUAUGGCCUUCAGACUGUCAACAGGACGAGUGGAAAGUUCGAAAGACACUACAAGAGAAGUUUCUUCGAUUUUGUCGACUUCUUCCAUAAGUAUGUCGCAGCUUAG